UGUGCAACCCACCGAUCAGAUAGAGUACACACUCCACAUGGCUCGUACGUUGCAGCUCCUCCUCGUCGCCGGAUUUCUGAUCGCCUGCGCCGCCGCCGGCUCACACGGCGGAUCGGAGUUCCUCGAGGAAAGUCGUAUCAGACAGGUUGUCGACGGCCUGCACGAGUUGGAAACCUCUAUACUCGGAAUUGUAGGCAACUCACGCCGCGCUCUAUCGUUCGCUCGCUUUGCUCGUAGGUACGGGAAGAGGUAUGAGAAUGCUGAGGAGAUUAUGAGAAGGUUCGAGAUCUUCUCAGACACGUUGAAGAAGAUCAGAGCGCAUAACCAGAAGAAGCUGCCUUACACUUUGGGAAUUAACGAGUUUGCUGAUAUGACCUGGGACGAGUUCCGUAAGCAUAGAUUGGGAGCACCUCAAGAGUGCUCUGCUACAACAAAAGGCAAUCACAAGCUAACUCGUGGAAUCCUUCCUGAUUCGGUAGAUUGGAGGAAAACUGGCAUCAUUGGCCCUGUCAAAGAUCAAGGUUCCUGCGGAUCUUGCUGGACUUUCAGCACAACUGGAGCACUUGAGGCUGCUUAUGCUCAAGCAUAUGGUGUGAACAUUUCUCUGUCGGAGCAACAGCUCGUCGAUUGCGCUGGAGCAUUCAACAACUUUGGCUGCAAUGGCGGAUUGCCUUCUCAAGCCUUCGAAUACAUAAAAUACAACGGUGGGAUCGAGACUGAAAAAUCAUAUCCCUACACGGCAGAGGAUGGUAUUUGCAAAUACAAACCCGCAAAUGCUGUAGUUCAAGUACGUGACUCCAUCAACAUCACUCAGGGCGCCGAGUAUGAACUCAAGCAUGCAGUAGCAUUAGUUCGUCCGGUCAGCGUGGCUUUUGAGGCGCUUGACGACUUCCGCUCAUACGAAAGCGGCGUUUACACCAGUGACGAAUGCGGCAGCGACCCAUGGGAUGUGAACCACGCCGUUCUUGCAGUUGGCUAUGGAGUUGAAGACGUAGAUGGCGUCCCAACCCCGUAUUGGCUGAUGAAAAACUCCUGGGGCGCCAGUUGGGGUGAUGACGGCUACUUCAAGAUGGAGAUGGGCAAGAACAUGUGUGGCGUCGCCACCUGUUCGUCAUACCCGAUUAUCGCGUAGUCGUCGGCAGCGGCGACAUGGUGCCGGAGAACUUGAUGCAUAUGUAUGUAUGUAUGUAAUAAAGGUGAAGAAGGACCAGACUGGCCCUUCUUCACGCAUUAUUCGCAUGGAAUAAUUCCUGUAUCAUUUUAAUGAUAAUUAAUUAUUUGGGAAUUAUUAAUAUUAUGUUUAAUUUGAAGUAUUUAAAAUA